GCGACCACGCUGUGUGUGUGGAAACAGGAAGAGACUCCGGUCACGUUUGUUUUCGCUGGAAGAUGAAACGCGCAUCGCACGGACACAGACGUGAUGUGAAGGACUUCGUUCAGGGCAGCGAGAUGAAGAAGCAGAGGGAGAGCCAGUGCACUCAGAAGACCAUCUCAUUGCUGAGCCCCCUGGGGACGAUCCAAGUCAGUGGAUGUGAGAAUGGUGUGCACACCAUCCAGAUCCUAAUGGAUGUCGCACCUGCUGAAAGGAGCGACGGGGCCCCCCUGAGCUGUGUGGUCAACGAUAGCCCGGCAGAAACGAGCCCCGAGUUGCAGCGCUGCGUUGAAUGGCUCCAGGCGUACUUCAGUGAGCCGCAGACCACUGGGAGACUCCCGCUCCCUGCCUUUCACCACCCCGCCCUGCAAGGAGACGCGUUCACCAGCCGCGUGCUGCACGUACUUCAGAGGGAUGUGAAGUUUGGAGAGACAGUCUCGUACAAACGCCUCGCCGAGAUGGCGGGAAACCCCAGAGCGGUGCGAGCGGUGGGAGGGGCCAUGAGGAGGAACCCGGUUCCUCUCCUCAUUCCCUGCCACAGAGUCAUUUCGAGCAGUGGACAGAGUGGGCCGUACAUGAGCGGCAAGGGCGACCAUCUCAAACAAUGGCUGCUCACCCAUGAGAGGCAGAGAGGGGAAGGCUAAAGCAUGACAGGCCAACUGUCCUUCAUUCAGUCCACACACACACACACACACACGCUCUCACACAAGGCCAGUAUUUUUUUUUUUUACGAACACAAAACAGGGCCAUAAAGUUUAGCGUGCUUGGCACACACUAUGGAACAACUGGAGCUUCUUGUAAAUAUUCAUUUUAUACUCCUUUUUUUUAAAUCUAAGAAUAGAGAUGCUGCAUUGUUAAUGUGAUACAGAGUUGUUGCAGAAUUAGAAUGUACAAAAAUAACUUAAACAGAGAACAGUAGGAAUUACAAACAUAUGCUCCCGUGGGUCUCUGUUGCCGUUUGCCAGAUAGUGCUGGAAUGGUUUUUCUAAAGAAUUAUUAUUCCCUUAAAAAUAUGUCUCUUGCAUUGUUGUUGUUGUUGUUUUUUUUUUUCCUAAGCAGAAUUAGUCUUUGUACCUCUCGUUGGUUUUUUAAUUUCCUGCCAAGUGAAUGCUUUGUUCAACAUCCAGUGAUAAAGGCUCUGAAUUUUACUGCUACAAAGCUUUGUAGUGAGGCAUUUGUUUUGUCUUCAUUUAGAUCUCAUUGUUUGCUCUCGCCUUAUAAACCACCUAGAGAAGAGAUGUCUUCUAUGCAUUAUAUACUGUGCUUGUGAUACAACAGACAUGCUUAAAUAAAUACAUCUCAAAAUGA